AUGGAGCAGGUGGAGGGCGCUGGUAAACGUAAGGCUCCCCACGUAUUGACUGUCGCUGGGUCUGAUUCCGGCGCCGGCGCUGGGAUCCAGGCCGAUCUCAAAGCCUGCGGGGCGCUUGGAGUUUACUGCUCGUCGGUGAUCACUGCAGUCACUGCGCAGAAUACUCUGGGAGUUCAGGUUGGAUUCUUACUCGGAGGAGUAAUUGCUCGAUAGCUUUCACAUUGCGUUUGCUUUUGCUGAUGACUGACUGAGGCCCGUGGUGGUGUGUUUGUUUUGUUCCAAAGGGAGUUCAUCCGGUUCCCGUAGAUUUUGUUGAGGAUCAGCUGAGGUCGGUGCUUUCUGAUAUGGAGGUGGAUGUGGUAAGCCAUAUCCCGUUCUGAGAAGGAUAUUGUACCAUUGCCUUACUCCGUUAGUUUUAAAUUUUUGGCAGAAUUGCAUUCGGGCUUUUACUAUUCACUAACAUCUAAUCGGAUUUCAACACUAACAAUUCUGAUCAUCACCCAACUGACCUCAAUCAUGUUCAAGAGUAACCCGUGUGAGAAGAGUCUCUUUCAGGAUUGGCCACUGCCAGAUCUCUGUUGAUACUAGCUGCCAAGAGUCCGUAAGGAGUGAUUGUUUUGAUCUUCAUGAUGAUAAGCAUCAUUUCUGCUUCAGCCAUAAUUUUUUUAGAAAGCUGGUUAUCUUUAUUUAUCAGGGUUUACUUUAUAGUUUGAGAAUUGUUCAGACACGCCUCAGGUUUGGUAGAUUCAUGUCAGAUUUGUUUUAGGAAUCUCAUGUAUGUUUUCACAGAAAACCUAAAGCUACAAGACCAGAGGGUGAGCAGGAAAAGAGGUAAUAAUGAAAUAAUUUUAGGUGUUGCUUGCAUAGUUCGUAGGCUAUGUUUCAGGGAUCUUCCUCAUAUUUGUUUCAAGUUGGAUGCUUAGCUUCUGUAUGUCUCGCUGAGUAUAGGAAAAUUUCCAACUCUAUUGCUUAUUGCUUAUUAUCAUAAUCAGGUAUUACACUAUGCUGCAGCACUGAUUAUUAAUCAUUCAGAGAAGUAACCCCUUUUCUGGAUUUAUAGAUUCUGUACCUAGUGUAGCUGCGUUUAGCACCUGAAACAUAUAUACAUACAUAUAUUCAGCUUGAGCAUGUCCUGAAAAGCAGCUAUGAUUAUUAAUCCGUCAGGUGAAGACUGGCAUGCUUCCAUCUGUUGACAUAAUCAAAGCUUUAUGUGAUAAGAUUAAAGAGUUCCACGUUAAAGGUAUGCGAAGUUAUCAGAAAAUGCUGGCACAAGUCUUUCUUGUUAUGAAAAAUUCUCUAUUCAUAGUCUUACACUUUCGAAGGCAGCUUUAGUGGUUGAUCCUGUCAUGGUAUCCACAAGUGGUGAUGUACUUGCGGCUCCAGCUAUCCUGGAUGUACUUCGGUAUAAACAGCACCUUUUCCAUCUAAUUUCAUCUUCACGCAUGAAACCUAGACGAUUAUUUCAUUACUGCAUGUUGUUAAACAUGGCCUCCUUAUGCUGCAUAAUAUAGGAACAGUUCAUGUGUAUUCUAGCCUCUGUUUUGUUAAGAAAGUGUAAAUAUGUUCCGCGGAAUCUAAUUUACUGAUGAUCACGCAGUGAAGAACUUCUUCCAAUGGCUGAUAUAGUGACACCAAAUCUAAUAGAAGCCUCCGCACUGCUUGGUGGGCAGUCUCUGGAAACUGUGGCCGACAUGUACACUGCUGCUAGAUCCAUACAUAAAUUGGGUCCCAGGUUAGCAUUUCAGAAGUCUGUUGCUUUUUCCACGCGAUCCGACUAUGUUUUGCACAUGAGUGAUGGAUAUGGAUACAUCCUCAGCUGAAAAUUGUCCCAUCUGCCUGGCGUUGACAGACGUCAUUUCAAUUUCCUUGGUUGCAAGGUAGUGCCUCCUGUUCGUAACAAAUGUGUAGAGUCAGUCAUUCAUGUACCCCAAUAGCUAAUACAUGGUAUCAUCUUAUUGAUCACUCUAUGUGGGAAUUCCUUAUUUAAUAUGUCCAGUCAGUCGUAGUUUUUUUGUGCUGGUGAUGAUUGAAUACUUUUUAAUGGUGGAACGGUAAGAUUAAAUCUUUCUUAUUCACAGAAAUGUAAUUGUGAAGGGUGGGCAUCUUUCAGAUUCCUCAGAUGCUGUCGACGUGUUCUUUGAUGGUGAGCAUCCUUGAUCCUCUGAAAAACUAGAAAUAUCUUCCCCAGCCCUUGAACUUCUCUAGAUUAUCUGGAUUUAUCCGUGGGUUGACUUUCUCUAGGUGAGCAAUUCCUCGAGUUACACGGGCAGCGUGUGAAGACCCGCAACACCCAUGGUACUGGCUGUACACUGGCUUCGUCUAUAGCAGCAGAACUUGCCAAAGGCUCCUCAAUGCCUCAAGCUGUUAAGGUUCUUUAUCUAUUUAUCAUGAUCUCCUCCAUGGCAAGCCUUUUGGAGUAUUAUUCUUCCUAUGAUUGUUUGUUUCUUGUAUUUUUUUAAUCUCUUAUGAAAGAAAAAAACUUUUGUUUUUAUCUGUUCUCCCUUCUGUGAUCGGCAGGCGGCCAAGAACUUUGUCGAGAAUGCACUUCGUUACAGCAAAGAUAUUGCCAUAGGUGCCGGUCCUCAGGGACCCUUUGACCACUUCUUCAAGCUCAAUGAUCAUAUGGAUAAUACGAGCGAGAAGCGUCGAUUUGAUCCAAAUGACCUGUUCUUAUAUGCUGUGACGGACUCAAGGAUGAACAAGAAGUGGGGCCGCUCCAUCACUGAAGCCGUGAAGUCUGUCAUAGAAGGAGGAGCCACCAUGGUUCAGCUGAGGUUAGUCGUAACAUCAAGAUUCCAUAUUCAGGUGGUGAGAAAACACUCCAUCCGUCAAGUAAAUUGUCUACUUGCGGCGUCUGCAAUCAUUUUUCGGCAACCAAUCGUGAUCAUGUUCCGCUUGGAUGUAAUGCUGUUCUUGAAAUCUCCUCAUUUUUGGCAACCAAUCGAGAAAGAUGUAAUGCUCUCUCUCUCUCUCGACUCUUUCUGUGAAUGAUUUAGAUUCUUUGGGCAUACUCCUCUUCUUAAAUCUUAUCACUUGCGUUUGCUCUCCCCUGCUCUCUCUCUGCUCUGCUCUAUCUCUAUCCAUCUCUAUCCAUCUUUAUCUUUCUCGAUUCUUUCCGUGAAUGAUUUAGAUUCUUUGAGCAUAUUCCUCUUCUUAAAUCUUCUCACUUGCAUUUGCCCUCCCCUGCUCUCUCUCUCUCUGCUCUGCUCUGCUCUCUCUCUCUCUAUCUAUCUCUAUCUUUCUCGAUUCUCUCUGUGAAUGAUUUAGAUUCUUAUCCUCUUCCUAAAUCUUCUCACUUGCAUUUGCUCUCCCCUGCUCUCUCUCUCUCUCUCUCUCUCGAUUCUUUCUGUGAAUUAUUUAGAUUCUUUGAGCAUAUUCCUCUUCUUGAAUCUUCUCACUUGCAUGUCCUAGUCUGCUCUCUCUCUCUCUACAUUUACUUAUGUAUGCAUCAUAUACAUAUAUAUAUAUGGAUGCUCAAAGUUAUCUCCCAAGAUGCUUAAUAAUUCUCACUACCAUCAUCAAACACUGACACUGACAUCCAGAGAAAAGGAGGCGGAGACCCGCGAGUUCGUGGAGGCGGCUAGGGCGUGCGUGGAGAUCUGCCGCCCCCGCGGGGUCCCCCUCCUCAUCAACGACCGCGUUGACGUCGCCCUCGCCUGCGGCGCCGAUGGCGUCCAUGUCGGCCAGUCCGACAUGCCGGCGCACCUCGCCCGCUCCCUCCUCGGCCCCGCAAAGAUCAUCGGCGUCUCCUGCAAGACUCCGGCGCAGGCGGCGGCGGCGUUCGCCGGCGGUGCCGACUACGUGGGCUGCGGCGGUGUCUUCCCCACCAACACGAAGGCCAACAACGUCACCGUCGGACUGGACGGGCUCAGAACCGUCUGCAUGGCCUCCGAGCUUCCCGUCGUCGCCAUCGGAGGGAUCGGAGCGGGGAACGCGAGCUCGGUGAUGGAGAUCGCCACCCCCACUUUGAAAGGUGUGGCUGUUGUCUCCGCUGUGUUCGACCAGGAAUCGAUCGUCGCGGAGACCCGGAAGCUGAAGGCGGUUCUGACGAGCGCUGUGGUCAACAGUGCUGUCUAA